AUGUACACUAACAAAGCUUCUAUUCAAAGAGAAAGCUUUGUUAUUCAAGUUUCAGAAAAUUUUCAAUCUUCAUCACAAGCUAUUAGCCCUUCUUCUAAUAAAUUAAUCAAUUUCUCCGCCAUGAAGCUUUUCGAUCGCUUCCGCAAAAUCGUCAUGCGGUUCGUUUUCCCCGUCCCGACGUCCGGCCGAAGGAGGUCGAAUCGGGCUGGGGAAACAAUGUCGGCUUCCGGGCCGGGCUCAGGACAAAGACGGAGAUCCUGUGACCGGCCCGACCCGCCGAAGACCUCAUGUAGCUCCUAUUAUUCAUCAACUUCUCAUUAUAAUGAAGCUAUUGCUGAUUGUAUAGAGUUUUUCAAUAAGUCGUCACAAGAUCAAGGGAUUUUUAGUGGUAGAAAAUCGGACGUUAUUGUGUGA